GGCUGCGCCGGGAGCCGCCGGGGAGUCCGCCUCCGCCGGGCCGCGCCCGCCCCCCGCGAGCAUGGGCGCCCACCCGCGCGCUGCCGUGGUCGCGGGGCUCCCGCCGCCCCGAGCGCUGCCGCUGCCUCUGCUCCUGCUCCUGCUGCUGUCGCCGCCAGUGGCCAUCGCCUCCGAGGCUGAGCACCGUCUGUUUGAGAGGCUGUUCGAAGAUUACAACGAGAUCAUCCGACCUGUAGCCAAUGUGUCUGACCCCGUCAUCAUCCAGUUUGAGGUGUCCAUGUCUCAGCUGGUGAAGGUGGACGAAGUAAACCAGAUCAUGGAGACCAACCUGUGGCUCAAACAAAUUUGGAAUGACUACAAGCUGAAGUGGGACCCCUCUGAGUAUGAUGGGGCGGAGUUCAUGCGUGUCCCUGCACAGAAGAUCUGGAAGCCGGACAUUGUGCUGUAUAACAAUGCUGUUGGGGACUUCCAGGUGGACGACAAGACCAAAGCUUUACUCAAGUACACAGGGGAGGUGACUUGGAUGCCCCCCGCCAUCUUUAAGAGCUCGUGCAAAAUCGACGUGACCUACUUUCCAUUUGAUUACCAGAACUGCACCAUGAAGUUCGGCUCCUGGUCCUACGACAAGGCAAAAAUCGACCUGGUCUUGAUCGGCUCUUCCAUGAACCUCAAGGAGUACUGGGAGAGCGGCGAGUGGGCAGUCAUCAAAGCCCCAGGCUACAAGCACGACAUCAAGUACAACUGCUGUGAGGAGAUCUACCCCGACAUCACGUACUCGCUCUACAUCCGACGCCUGCCCCUCUUCUACACCAUCAACCUCAUCAUCCCCUGCCUGCUCAUCUCCUUCCUGACCGUGCUGGUCUUCUACCUGCCUUCCGACUGCGGCGAGAAGGUGACCCUCUGCAUCUCGGUCCUCCUCUCGCUGACCGUGUUUCUCCUGGUCAUCACCGAGACAAUCCCUUCCACCUCGCUGGUGAUUCCCCUCAUUGGCGAGUACCUCCUGUUCACCAUGAUUUUCGUGACCCUGUCCAUCGUCAUCACCGUCUUCGUGCUCAACGUGCACUACAGAACCCCGACCACGCACACCAUGCCCGCAUGGGUGAAGACUGUUUUUCUGCACGUGCUUCCCAGGGUCAUGUUCAUGACCAGGCCCGCGAGCAGCGAAGGCCACACCCAGAGGCCAAGGCCCUCCUACAGUGCUGAGCUCUCAAAUCUGAACUGCUUCAGCCGCACGGAGUCCAGAGGCUGCAAGGAAGGCUGUCCCUGCCAGGACGGGAUGUGUGGCCACUGCCACCACCGCAGAAUAAAAAUCUCAAACUUCGGUGCCAACCUCCCGAGAAGCUCCAGUUCUGAGUCUGUCAACGCUGUGUUGUCCCUAUCUGCUCUGUCACCGGAAAUCAAAGACGCCAUCCAGAGUGUCAAGUAUAUUGCCGAAAAUAUGAAAGCACAAAAUGAAGCCAAAGAGAUUCAAGAUGAUUGGAAGUAUGUCGCCAUGGUUAUUGAUCGAAUUUUUCUGUGGGUUUUCAUCCUGGUGUGCAUUCUAGGGACAGCAGGAUUGUUUCUGCAACCUUUGAUGGCAAGGGAUGACGCUUAAGCACCAAACUGUGUUUGCCAGAGGCUUCCUGGCAUGCAGAGGGGGACUCGUUUGUUUUUAUUGUGUAAAAUACACUUGGCCAUAAAAUGUACCAUCUUCACCAUGUUCAGGCCCACAGCUCGGUGGUGUUAGUCAUCGUUGUGCAGCCGCCACCGCCAUCUCCAGGACUCUUCGUCUUGUAAGACCGCAUCUCCGCACCCACUGAACACUAACUCCCUGUCCCCUCUCCCCCUGAAACCCACAUUAUACUGUUUUGACUACUUUAAGUACCUCAUAUAAGCAGAAGUGCACACUA